CCUCAUCCAUUUCUUCCUGGAAAGUAGUUCUCCCUCUCAUUUUGUGACAACAAGCCUCAGUACCCUGAUCCUCCUGUCCUGUCAACAUUUUCUCUACCUAACGGAGUUUGGGGGACAAGCAUUGAACCAAGCUGCCUCUCCUAGAGACGCCACGUGCCAUGGCCACAGCACCGACAUCUGUGGGUAUGGAAGAGGAAGCCACAUGCCCCAUCUGCCUGAAGUAUUUGAGAGACCCAGUGACCCUUGAGUGCAGCCACACAUUCUGUCGAUCCUGUGUCACCAACUACUUUGAGACAUGGGAAGAGCCGGGGGACUUGGAGUGUCCCAUCUGCCAAGCCAAGAUCCAGAAAGGAAAUUUGCGGCCCAAUGGGCAGCUGGCAAAUAUAACGGAAAAAAUCAAACACCUGCCGUUAAAUCCAGGGAAAGAGUGUCUCUGUCCAAGGCACAAGGAAAAUCUCACCUGGUUUUGCAAAGAGGACGAAGAAUUGGUGUGUUCAGUUUGUGAGCAAUCCCUAGAACAUAGAUCACACACUCUGCUUUCUCCGGAAGAGGCUGCCCAAGAAUACAAGGAUCAGAUCUGUAGCUUCCUAAAGAUUCUGAAGAAGAGGAGAGGAAAAAUACCAGCAUAUGCAGCAGACACAGGGAAAGAAAGGCAGGACCUGCUUAAAGAAAUAAGAUCAGAAAGUGAAAAGACAGUGGCUAAAUUCAGACGACUGCACCAGUUUCUGGAUGAACAAGAGAAGCUUCUGCUGGCUGAGAUGGAAGAGCUGGAGAAGGAGAUUGCCAAGAAACGGGAUGAGUACAUGGUCAGACUCUCGGAGCAAUUCUCCUGUCUUGAAAGAGUCAUCGAAGAGAUGGAGGAGAAGUGUCAGCAGCCAGCGUGUAAACUCCUGCAGGAUAUUAGGAGCUCCCUGCAGAGGUGUGAGGAGAAGGCGAAGUUUGAGAAUCCCAUGGCAUUUCCUUCUGCACUGAAGUGGAGGAUCUGGGACUUCUGUGACAUAACUCCCUUUCUGGAGGGUGUCAUGAAGCAAUUCAGAGACGCUCUGGUAUGUGGACUUCAGCUGCAAAAAGCCAACAUAACUCUGGACCCAGACACGGCCCAUCCCCAGCUCAUCCUGUCCGAGGAUCGCAAAAGUGUGAGAUGGGGAGACGUACAUCGAGAUCUGCCCCCAAACCCGGAGAGAUUUGACCGAUGUGCUUUUGUGCUGGGACGUGAGGGAUUCACUGCUGGCAGACACUUCUGGGAUGUCGUUCUGGGGAGUGAGGAGCGAUGGGCUGUGGGGGUCGCCAGGAAAUCUAUGAAGAGAAAGGGCCUUUUUAAUCUCAAUCAGAAGGAAGGAGUCUGGGCUGUGGGCAAGUGGGGAGAUACGUAUAUAGCCACCAAAGCCACUGGUAAUGCUGCCUUGUCCUUGGGUGCUGAGCUCAAGAAGAUCCGGGUGAUUCUGAACUGUGCUGGGGGCAAGGUGUGCUUUUACAAUGCUGAUACAGCAGCCCAGAUAUAUGCCUACCAGGCUGCCUCAUUCUCCGGAAAGACCCUUUACCCCUUCUUUUGUGCAGCCGACAAAGCUCAUCUGACAGUUUCUCCUUAAGGGUGGAGGCAGACAUCCAUAAACUUGGUACAGUUACCAUACAUGUGUAGCUCUCUCUCCCCAGGGUUGGGCUCAGAGGUUGCUGUGUGUGUGUGUGUGUGUGUGAGGAGGAGGAGGAGCUGUAUUUGCAGAACAGUGAUGGGCUGACACUUUCUCCUCCCUCACCGCCAAUUUCAAAGUGCCACAAACCUUUAAUGUGACAAACAUGCCAGAUGCUUGAAAAGAAUAGGCAAAAUCUAGUGGACAGUUUCCUUUCACUCGAUAGUUGAAUGAUGGUGCACGAACAAAGAUGGAAAGAAGCAAAACUUUAUUUUCUUUUACUCCUAUAUCUAUGCAUGUCUGUUUCCAGCCCCCAUGCUGGCUGGGGUCUCUCUACAUCAAGCAAAAAAAGAAAGAAAAGAAAAACCUACCAAAACC